AGAGCUUUUCAUUGAACUUAUAAAUCGAAAGUCAAGAUGUUUCUGGAGAUUGUGUUGUUGUUUGUGUUGGUGUUGGUGUACGCGGUGCUGAGGGACAGGCGCCCCCGCAACUGCCCCCCUGGGCAAGUGGAGAUCCCGUUUUUCGGACGACUUCCGUUCUUCGACGAAAAGACGGCCGAACGCUUACGGACGACCUACGGUGACGUUGUCUCGUGUCGGACUGGGUCAUUUCGUACAGUCAUGUUGUUCGACUACCACACCGCCAAGGAGGUCAUGGCGAGACCGGAGUUCUCCGACCGCCCCAACUUUUUCUCCAGCUUCAGCUUAGACGAUCAAAAAACUGGCGGCGUUUUUAGCAGCAACGGCGUUCACUGGCAGCACGACCGCCGCUUUGUGCUGCGCAACCUCCGCAACCUCGGCAUGGGCCGGAGUUACCUGGAGGAAGCCAUCAACAUCGAAGCCAAGGCGCUGGUGGAAGACCUCAAGAAGUACGGCGGUGAAGCCAUCAACUACCCCGACAGCUUCAGGACUGUGGCGCUCAACAUCAUCUGGCAGAUGGUGGCCAGCACCCGCUACGACCUCCGCUCUAGAGAAGUUGAAACCAUUUAUCGCCUGACGAAGGAUUUUCAGAACAACUUCUCUGUUUUAUCAUUUUUGCCAGCGUUCAUUCCUGCUUUGAAUCGCCUGCCAAAGUUCUUUAAGAAUUGUUUGUUCGGUGACGACGGCUUAAUGAAUUUCGUGGAUGAAAUGCGGAAAGUAGUGAACGAAACCGUGGACAAGCACCUGGAGGACUAUGACCCCGACAACCCCCGGGACCUCAUAGACGAGUACAUCAAAGACAUGAAGGAGAGCGAAGGCGAUGACAGCUCUCUUUUCAGGAGAGGAGCUUUGAACCAAAUCGUCAGCGACCUCUUCGGCGCGGGCUCGGACACGGUAAACUACCAGCUGAAGUGGGUGGCCUACCUACUCGCCCGGUAUCCAGAGUACGCAACGAGGAUGCAGCAGCAAAUAGACGCCGUCGUGCCCAGGGACCGCAUGGUGUCGCUCGAUGAUAAGCCGAGCUUGCCAUUGGUUGAAGCCUUCACGGUUGAAAUGCUACGGUACUCCUCUAUGCUGGUGUUCAACGUCCAGAGGUCCGCUACUCGCGAUGCAAACAUCAGCGGUUACUUCAUCCCCAAGGGCACAAUGGUGGUCAUAGCCAACUACUCCAUCCACCACGACCCGCGGUACUGGGACGACCCCCACAAGUUCUACCCUGAACGAUUCCUGGACGACAGCGCCACCAAGUACACGGCCCCCAAGCAGGGCUUCUUUGCCUUCGGUUCUGGUCGGCGUCAGUGCGUGGGGGAGCUGCUGGCCCGCAUGGAGUUGUUCCUCUUCACCGCCGCCAUCGUCCAGCACUUCGACGUGCGCCCUGCGGACGGAGUUGACCUCAGCCAAGAAGUAAUCGUGAACUUGGGAGGUCUUCGGGCGCCUGCAGACAACAAGCUCAUUUACAGGCCCAGAAACUGAUACAUUGGCCAUGGAUCAUAUAGUCGAAUUCAUCCAACAACGUUUUUCUUUUCCCACGAAUGGUAGCGCUUGAAUCAGCCUAUUGUUACCAGCACAAUCGUUAAGGUUAAGAGAGUUAACCUGUUCACUUGUUUUUAUAUUUUGGAAACGCUCGCUGAGAA